UGGCUAAGCACAGACCUUGGGAGUUUUUCCUGUUUUGCAAAAUGAUGACCAUCUCUUUGAUUUGGGGGAUUGCUGCAGUAGUGUGCUGCUGCAUAUGGGUUAUCUUUGGCAUAAGGAGAAGGAAAGUAGGGGAACCUCCACUGGAGAAUGGGCUGAUUCCAUACCUGGGCUGUGCUCUGAAAUUUGGGUCCAAUCCUCUUGAGUUCCUGAGAGCCAAUCAAAGGAAGCAUGGUCAUGUUUUUACCUGCAAACUGAUGGGGAAAUAUGUCCACUUUAUCACAAACUCCUUGUCAUACCAUAAGGUGUUAUGCCAUGGAAAAUAUUUUGACUGGAAAAAAUUUCAUUACACUACUUCUGCAAAGGCAUUUGGGCACAGAAGCAUUGACCCAAAUGAUGGAAAUACCACGGAAAACAUAAACAACACUUUUACAAAAACCCUCCAGGGAGCUGCUUUGCAUUCACUCUCUGAAGCCAUGAUGCAAAACCUCCAAACUGUCAUGAGGUGUCCUGGCCUUGCUCAAACAAAGAGCGCUGCCUGGGUCACCGAAGGAAUGUACGCCUUCUGCUACCGAGUGAUGUUUGAAGCCGGAUAUCUAACUCUGUUUGGCAGAGAUACUUCAAAGCCAGACACACAAAGAGCGCUUAUUCUAAACAACCUUGACAGCUUCAAGCAAUUUGAUCAAGUCUUUCCAGCGCUGGCGGCAGGCCUUCCUAUUCACUUGUUCAAGACCGCACAUAAGGCCCGGGAAACGCUGGCUGAGGGCUUGAAGCAUGAGAACCUCUCUGUGAGGGACCAGGUCUCUGAACUGAUCCGUCUGCGCAUGUUUCUCAAUGACACUCUCUCCACCUUUGACGACAUGGAGAAGGCCAAGACGCACCUCGCUAUCCUCUGGGCAUCUCAAGCAAAUACCAUUCCUGCAACUUUCUGGAGCUUAUUUCAAAUGAUCAGGAAUCCUGAAGCAUUGAAAGCAGCCUCUGAAGAAGUGGUUGGAGCGUUACAGAGUGCUGGCCAAGACCCUGGCCCUGGAGGGAAUGACAUUUAUUUGGAUCAAAUGCAACUGAACGACCUGCCAGUACUAGAUAGCAUCAUCAAGGAGGCUCUGAGGCUUUCCAGUGCAUCCUUGAAUAUCCGGACUGCUAAGGAGAAUUUCACUCUACAUCUUGAGGAUGGUUCCUAUAACAUCCGAAAAGAUGACAUCAUAGCUCUUUAUCCACAGUUAAUGCAUUUGGAUCCUGAAAUCUACCCAGAGCCUCUGACUUUUAAAUAUGAUCGGUACCUUGAUGAGAAGAGGAAGACAAAGACCUCCUUCUACAGCAAUGGGAACAAACUCAAGUAUUUCUACAUGCCAUUUGGAUCAGGAGCUACAAUAUGUCCUGGAAGACUAUUUGCUGUUCAAGAAAUCAAGCAAUUUUUGAUUCUGAUGCUUUCAUACUUUGAACUGGAACUUGUAGAGAGCCAAGUCAAGUGUCCCCCUUUAGACCAGUCCAGGGCAGGCUUGGGAAUUUUGCCACCAUUAAAUGAUAUUGAGUUUAAAUAUAAACUGAAACAUCUGUGACAUGCAGUUGGAAGAAGAGGGUACUGGAUGAUGGUAUUGGACUGCAGAGAGCUGUCACAGAAUAGGCCCUUGGAACAAGUGUUCAUGGAUGCUUCCCAGUGACUGACUGUGCCCAUGAAAAGAACUGUACCCAGGGUACCACUUUCUGCUCUCACUGCCUGAGUCCCUCGGUGCUCAGAUCUCUGAGGCCUGAGUUUCACCACUCUCAGAAAGCAAUGUCUUUUGUUACUAUUUUCAAAAUGAAGAUAUUCCAAUUGGCAGGAUUUUUUCCUAAGGAAAUUGUUUUAUACUUUUAUGAAAACUACUGAUUAAUUAUGAAAAGGCUUCAAAUUCACGUUUUAGUGAUAAUACUUUUUUCACUAGUUAAGUUCUUCAUGUGUGAGCAUAU